AUGUCCAGAAUAGGUAAACAGGCGAUUCCGGUGCCCCAGGGCGUGGACGUUCAGGUAAGUGGACAGGCCGUGACGGUGAAGGGGCCACGCGGCGAACUGAGCCAGAGCUUCCACGCGGAAAUGUCCAUAGUCAGGGAUAACGGCUCCGUGGUCGUCGACCGGCCCAGUGACUCAGGCGAGCACAAGGCGCUCCACGGCCUCACCCGGAGUCUCAUCAACAACAUGGUUGUCGGGGUGAGCGAGGGCUACGUAAAGACGCUCGACCUGGUCGGAGUCGGCUAUCGCGUCGCUCAGAGCGGCAGUGGAAUAACCCUCAGCGUAAUGCUUAGUCACCAGGUAGAGAUAAAUCCGCCGGACGGCAUCACGCUUGAGGUUGAAGGAAACAACCGAAUCCGCGUACGCGGAAUAGACAAGCAGGCAGUGGGCCAGCUGGCAGCCGAAAUCAGGAAGGUGCGGCCGCCCAACGUGUACACCGGCAAGGGUAUCCGGUACUCGAACGAAGUCGUACAUCUCAAGGCUGGCAAGAGCGCCAGGAGGGCAUAA